AUGUGUUUGAUCUUUUUUUUUUGUAUAUAUAUGCUUCAUGCUUUGAAAGGCUUGAAAAUAAACACAAGAGAUAAAAGGGGUAUACGCUUAUUAGUAACUAACGAUAGAAUGUAUAAGAGAAGGCUACGCGAAAGAAACCUAUGCUUAUUAAGGAAUAAAAUAAAUUUCAACUUUUGGAAGAAGAAAUAUCAUGAGAGGUCCAUAGAUGAAAAGCUGAAAGUCAUCCCAGUGUACAUAUUAACAAAUUAUAAUAAUUCGCCAUACAUAUUUCACGAAAAUGAAAAACAAGUGUGUUACCUUUUUCUAUGUCCGUACGAUGCUGAGAGUAUGCUGAGCGAUAUAAUAAAUAGCAAUGGGGUGAGAAAUGCCAAGAAUAUAAAAAUACAUUACUUGAGUAUGGAGAAGGCUUAUCAGCUGAUAAACGAAUUUUUACUUUUGAAAAAAGCAGAAAAGAGAAAUCCUCAUGUGGGCAAAAAUAAUGUCUGCUGGAAAUUAAUGCCGUCAAGGAGACAAAUUCAAAAUGCGCUUUUAUUUUUAUCCUUUAAAAAAAGAAGCGAACUGGUAUGUCCUAUUUUUUAUGUAGACGGGUAUUACCUACAACGGGAUUCCAAAGACAUUGUUCCUUUGUUUUUCGAUAUGGAGGAUUUGAAGAGCGCAAUUGAAAAAACGCCCUUGAAACAUUACAAAAUUAAGGUCCUAAAUUUUGUCGACGUGAUCUUUUCGGACGAUCACAAGAAGUUCGGAUUCAUACCCAGUUCGAAGAGUGUGGCGUACUUGGACAGGUUGAAGAAGAUUGGAGUGAGGAAAUCGUACUUUUAA